AUGAAGAUCUUUCUAUGGCGCUUACUACGUGGAUGUUUACCUACAAGAAUAAAUUUGCAACGUAAGCAUGUGCCAUGCACCACGCUUUGUGUCUCGUGCAACUCAGAACUAGAGAAUGAGUGGCACGUAUUCUUCACAUGUGCAGCUGCAAAAGACAUAUGGACAUCUUCGGGUAUGUGGGAUAAGAUAAAAAAUAUUGUAGAGCAGGGUGAAGGCACCACAGACACCGUUUUUCAGCUCCUAAAUCAUUUGGAUACAAAGGAAGCAACAGAACUAUUAGCACUACUAUGGUGCAUCUGGCGUAGAAGAAAUGAUAAGCUCUGGAAUGAUGUUUCCAGCCCUAUAGGAGUAUCCAUUUUCCUCGCAAGACAACGUCUGGAAGAAUGGUUAGCCGCAAGAACAACUAACCUAGCCCCAUCACCACGGGUUGCUGAACCUAACUACUGGGUCAAGCCACAACCAGGUUUCAUGAAGUGCAACACUGAUGCUGCAAUUUUCAAAGACACAAACAGUUAUAGCUUCGCUUUUUGCCUUCGAGAUAACCAUGGAAGGUUCAAAGCAGCAACCACGGGAUGGUAUCAUGGACUCUCACCUCGACAUGAAGCAGAAGUUAUAGCUUGUAUUGAGGCUAUGUCUUGGCUCACAAACUCUUCUUAUGAGAACGUCCUAAUUGAACUUGACUGUAAAACAGUGGUUGAUGACCUACAUGGAUCUAAUCAACUCUUAUCUGAAUAUGGUCUUCUGAUCCAAAAAGGACGAUCUAUCUUAGCCUCUCAUAAAAACCUCUCGGUUAGGUUUAUUAGGAGACAAGCAAAUCAUGUUGCUCAUUCCCUAGCAAGGGCAGCAAGAUCAUACGCUAGUCCCCACACUUUUGAUUUUAUUCCACCAUGUAUUACUUCUCUUAUUAUGAAAGAAAUGAAUUAG